UAUCACAUCUACUAUCCUAUGAAAUUUAGUUUUUUUUUCAGGUAGUAGCACUGCUACAGAUAGCUCUAGUGGUACUAGCACUGGUACAAGCAGUGGAACUUCCACAGGAACCUCGAGUGCUGGCACAUCGGCUGCCGAAAGCCAAAGCAAAAUGCAGAGUGGUGAUAGCAAAACUCAGGAUAUUGGGUCAUCAGGUGCAUCAUCAGCUAGCGAAGAUAGCAGUAGCGAAACAAGUUCAGAUACAUCUGAGCUUAAUUCUAAACUAACUGGAACACAGGCUAGUUCUUCGUCUGGAGGAACCAAAAGCACCAACAUUUCCGGGCCAAAAUCAGAAAAAGAAUCCGAUGCAGCUAGUGAGGCAACAGGUGGAGCGAUUGGCUCGAAAAUGAGCAGCGCAGAAACAUCAUCGGCAAAAUCAGGAGUUGGAGUGGCAGACGAUAAUACCUCUCAAGCAUCGAAGCCCGACAGCACAAAGAGCGGUGGGUCUGACAAAUCAGGAGCAAUGAUCGCUGGCAAGAAAUCUUCCGGCAGUUCUUUGAACAUAGGAUCAACAGCGACAGGUAACACGGAUAGUGAGGCUACGGCUUCAUCAGCAUCCGCAGGCAAAGCUGGGUCUUCAAAUAGCAGCAACACCAAGUCUUCGACAGGUUCAGGACCAGUCGGAUCCAAAGUUUCUGACUCUUCUUCCUCAUCUGGUGGCAGCGACCCAUUCGGAGGAGCUACCGGAGAGUCAACAACAGCUGAAAGUGGUGGGGACCAAUUGAAACUUUCCGAAGCAAGCGCUGGAACUGGCGCAAGCAGUGAAAACAAAAGCAGUGUUUCAUCAGGCUCUACAGGUAGUACCAGUCUGGGUUCUUCUUCAUCUUCCUCUGGAACCAGCGGCAGCAGCGCGUCAAAAAGCGGCGUGUCAUCAAGCUAUCAGAAAGCACCAUCGGGCGAAGAUGCUGGAAGCGCAAGUACCAAAAACGUAGUCGGGAGCUCAGACGGCUCAAGUUCAUCUUCUUCUUCUGGAACAUCCUCUGCUGAAUCAUCGUCCAAUUUCUCAAGUGUAACAGACAGUGAUGAGCAGAACAACCCUGCAGCUGCAUCGGGAUCGACAAACAACGUCAUGAAAUCAAGACUGGAUGCCAGUAGUAGCAGUAGUUCAAGUACAUCCGCGCCUAGCUCGAGUUCAACGGAGCCUGCAGAUAGCUCAUCGACUAGUACUGAAAAUGAGUACAACAAAAUGCGCGACUAUACUGUUGGAGUUGCCCAGUAUGGAGACAGAGAGGGGCCUAAUUUCGAUUUCUCAGACAUGCCGGUGAAAGAUAAUAUGACCUUAUUUGGAGAAUCUCUGAAAGUGGAUUCUCCCACAAUAACUUUGGAAAGUAAAGAAAGUAGCGAAAUCACUUCCUCGGAAUACACAAAAAAGUACGCUUCAUACCACGGAGAUGGCGAUGUUGUAAGUCGGCGAAAUCAACUGCGCCAUGAUGAUAGAGUAUCCAAAAUUAAACUGCGAAAGACUUUCAAAUUUUGCUGGGGUUCGCGAUAA